AUGUCACUAGGGGAACUGAGAGGGAAUGAAGGAAAGAUCCCUGCUACGGUGCAGCCUACUGGGCGAGAGAACAUCAACGAGGUCUCUCUGAGGUCAGGAAAGGUAUAUCAAAGCCCCCUUCCACUUGUAAGUACCCCAGUAUUUACAUCUGGACAGAGCCGCAAAGAAGGAGCAGAGUCCAGUUCCCUUGAUCAAGCCGCCGGAGGAAGAGAUAAGGGAAAAGCGAAAGUAUGCGGCGAGACCUCAGGAGAAGGUCAAGGCGAAGAAACUGAGAAGGCCAAGCCCUACCCCUACCGCGGCAUGAUUACAAGGAUGAGAGAUGCCACGAUUGAUGUGGCCAGUUUAUUCAAGGACGUGGAAGUCAAAGUGCCACUCCUGACGGCAUUGAAGAUGCCCCCAAUCAGUAAAUUUGUUAAAGACUACCUGGCAGGAAAGGUCACUGAAGAAGGAAGGAUGGUUAUAGAGGAGAAUGUCUCUGUUGUGAUCCAGCGGAGUGACAUCCCAUCGAACAAGACCGACCCAGGGAUGUUCACUCCCAAUCUCAAUUGGAGACAUUCAAGUGGUGCACCCAAUCUGGGAGAGGCUAAGCUUGUCGACACUGACAUCAUGAUACAGCUAGCCGACAGGUCUUGCAUUCACCCCGAGGGAAUUCUUGAAGAUGUUAUAGUAAAGGUGAACAAUUUCCUAUACCCAGCCGACUUCUUCGUCAUCAAAAUGACAGAGCCAACAGCGAAUGAGUCCAGUGGAGUCCUAUUGGGAAGACCGUUCCUGUCUACAGCCAGCACAAUAAUCGACGUCUACAAUGGGACGAUUAGUCUGGACUUCAAUGGAGAACAUUUCACUUUCAACAUUGACGAAGCGAUGAAAAGGCCGAGGGACAGUGAGAACGUGCACUCGGUGGACAUAACCGAGCCUCUGGUGCAAGAGUAUCUAGAAGAAGAGUUCCUACAGAGACUAUUCACAGACUCCGCAACAGACGAAUAG